GAAAAUCGCCCGCCUCGCUUAUCGUGCGCCUCUCCCUCCCUCCACGUGAAAUAUCCCCCUCCACCCGCCAAGAAUCGAGAGAGGCCGUUCCUCCACACCCCGUUUAUCGCUCGCCGUGAAAUCCGAGUGCAAGUAAAGUUGCAGUUUUGGUGAAGGUGCUGUGCGGAGUAUAUCGAGUGUUUUGCUCCCCUGAUUUUUAUUCAUCACCCACACGGCCACCCUUUCCCCGUGUCCUCCCUCCCCCCCGCCCAAAAGUGUGAGAAAAAUCGGUGCGGGCGGCGGAUCGCGGUCGUCCCGGCGCGGACGGAAAGAAGCCACCAGGAGGCGCAGUGCCGGCGAAAAAGGGGUAUUUUAAUAACCCAAGUGAGAAAGACGUGAGCUAAGUAUGUCCGUGAGAAUGGAGAAUGUAGCCGGCGUAGCCGCGCCGAGGAAGCUCAACUACAAGAUGAUGGGUACGAACGGACCACGACCGACGUACGCCGGUGCAAAUAAUGGAAACGCAGGAGGCGGUGGCGCAGGUGGCGGCGCAGGAGCCGGUGCCGGAAACGUAGGAGUAGGCCCAAACGCUGGUGGCGUUGGGCAUGGACUGAAAGGUGGCGCCGGUGGGGGGCCUAGAGGUGGCAAUCCAGUGCAAUAUCGCGCGAGUAAUGCGGCCGCAUGGGGAGCGCCGACAUCUCACGCAGCGGCCGCGGCGGCAGCCGCCGCCGCGGCUUAUCCGCCAUAUACUCGGUAUCCAAGCGCCGCGGCCGCCGCUGCCGCAGCGGCGGCCCAAAUGCCGGUCGGGGCCCAGCAGAUACCGCCAGCUCCUAAUCCCUACAGCGCCACUACCUACGCCCAGCAUGCAUCGGUAAAUAAUCAAUAUGGAGGACAAAGAGUUCCUACAGCCUCGUCUCCAGCAAACACAAAUAGCAGCUCCAGUAGCGCCACAGGUAGUCAAAGUGGUACGAUGAGUACCAACCUUAGCAAUAAUGCAAUGCAGGGACAGCAGGUGGAGCAGCUGUCGAAAACAAAUUUGUAUAUUCGCGGCCUCAACCAAAACACAACAGAUAAGGACCUCGUAAAUAUGUGUUCUCAAUAUGGAACUAUAACCUCUACAAAAGCGAUUCUGGAUAAAAAUACCAAUAAAUGUAAAGGUUAUGGCUUUGUAGACUUUGAGACACCGUCGGCGGCAGAGGGUGCUGUGAAAGCACUGGUGUCCAAGGGCAUCCAAGCGCAGAUGGCGAAAGUGGGUAUCUGGUUGCUCCGUAGACUGGCCAGUGUACGUUGGUUGUGCAUGCAACAACAGGAGCAAGACCCCACCAAUUUGUACAUUGCCAACCUGCCACUCAAUUUUAAAGAGAACGACGUAGAAGGACUGCUUGCUCAAUAUGGCCAAGUCAUUUCUACCCGAAUUUUACGUGACACGUCAGGACAAAGUAAAGGCGUUGGAUUUGCAAGAAUGGAGUCGAAAGAAAAGUGCGAACAAAUCAUACAAAUGUUCAAUGGAAAGGCCCUCCAAGGAGGAAAGGAUCCUCUGUUAGUCAAAUUUGCCGACGGUGGCAACAAGAAAAAAUCGCUGUACAAAAGCACGAUAUGGAGGGAAACGGGAGAUAACAUGACCCUGAACUACGACGCGAGUGGAGUCGGCCAAAAUGGAGUUGCAACAACGCACAUGUUACCUGCUGCAGCUUUGGCGCAAUACAGUCGUCAUUAUGGACAGGCUGUCCCCGGCUACAAUGUUCCAGGAGCACCCUGGGUUACUCCCUACCUCGUGCAGACAGGACCUCCCCACAUGCAACAGGUCGACAUGAUGCCAUCGGCUGAUCCUAGCAACCCACAAUACAGUAUGAUUCCUCAACUCACGACCCAAAUGUCCACCUUACAUCUGGGCACCGGUUCUUACAUAGCUGCAAGUCCGCACCCGUAUCCAUAUACAACCUACCCGGCGCCAAGCAUCAUCCACACCAUGCCGCUGGGUGACUCCGAACAGACAAGCAAUGCAGCCUCGCCUGACGAUUCUUAUCAACAGUACCAGGCUCAGCAGCCCAAGUAGGCCACAGUUUAUAGGUUCGACUACGCCGAGGGUUACAUAAGUUAGAAGAGGUACGCCCGCUGAAGCUGGUAGAAGAAGAAGACAAAAAAAAAACACAACAACACGAAGAAUCGACGAAGCAACAGCACGUAAAAAAAAAGUCAGAAAAAAGAAAUUCUUCCUCACGAUAAAUUGACUUGCCAGCCAUCUUUUAUACGUUUUAUCCACCAAGAUAAAUAGGUAAAAGUAGUUAAUAUUUUGCAACGAGUAGGGAACGAAUGUCGAGACGCGGAUCGCACGCGAGAUUGAAAGAAUUCAAGAGUGUGAGAAUAGAGAGAGAGAGAGAGAUGAGAGAAAUGAGCGCGAGAAAUUUUAAAGAAAAAAAAAAUGAAAUAAAAGAAAGCGCAUCAUAGAUUGGUAGAGAGAGAGAGAGAGAGAGAGAAAGAGAGAUGAAAUGUUGAUGAGAAUAGGCAAUGGGCAGCUUAGCGUCAAGCUAAUAGGCUUCCAAGAGUAACUUUAGGUAUUACUUUUUAAAUAAGGAGAACUGAUGAUGAUGAUUUGAGGUCGAAGCUGGCACGCUUGAGAGAGAGAAAAAGAGAGCGAGAGCGAGCGACAGAGAGAAAGAGAAAAAGAGAGUGUGAAUAAAAAGAAUAUUUUAAAGAAAAAGAAAACAAACUUGUAAACUAGAAAACAAGAAACGCUGCUCAGAAAUAUUACAAAGAAAAAAGUUUUCUUCCCAAGGAUUAUACAAAUAAUGAUUAAGGAGUUUAUAAUAGACAGAAGCACUUCCAUUUGCUAGUGAAAAAAAAAAAAAAAAAAAUGAAAAAAACGAUUCAAUUCGAAUUCCGUACGAUCUUAUCGCGAAACCAGUAUAUAUCUACCGGACUCGUGCUGACAAAACCAAUCUUAUCGCCAAAAAAAAAGAGCAAAAAAAAAAA